AUGGAGAAAUUAGGCAACCUAUUUGAAUUCUUUGUGACUACAGGGAUCAAAACUAAUGAUUAAGAUGUGAUACUUUAAUCAUGUACUACUGCAAAUAAGAAGGAUCUCGCUAUACUUACAAUAUUUCCUAAUCCAGUGGAACGUAAGAUGAAUCACGUUCUAGCAGACAUCGCUUUGUGGUGCUUUCCUUUGGGAGUAAAAACAAUCAAAGAAGGCGAUAGCAAAUUUAAUAAAAUAGAAGAAUAUUUCAAGGAGGAUGACGUUUAGGCUUCUACAAAUGAGAUCAAUUACUUUGUUAUCAAUGAUUUCAAAUAGCACAUCAAGUUUUAUUGUACAUCCGCUUGCUUCUAUGAGAAGAUGUUCAUAAUCAUGCCUCCGAACGAUAAAUUAAUGUAAGUCUUUGUGCCUAAGGCCUUCUGUGUAAUAUCUUGUUUUCCUGCAUUCAUCCCCCAACGAAGUUUUGUGAUGCAAUUGCUGAAAAUCCAGAAGCUUCGGCUAUCAUAAAACAGAGAAAGAGAUAAAAUAAUAACUAUCAAGAGAGGGCAAUAGGAAUAUUAGAUUGAAGAAAUCAAACUAUACGAUUUCUAUAUUCGAACAGCAUUGACACAAUGUCCAAUAGUAUAAGAUAACGUAGAGUAUAGGUUAAAGUUCAGCAGUUCUGAGAUCUGGAUGAACUACUACGUCUCCAACUCACAUUUAGCAACUCACUUUUCUAUUUUUAAGUUGUCAAAUAACCUUUUCGAUGUUUUAAUUUUCAAUUAGCCAAUCUUUAAUUUGUACAAAUUACUAUUAUACAUGAUGCUUGAAUAUCAAAUCAUCAUUGUAUCUCGUAAACCUGCAGGAAUAACAUUAUUUUGCCAAUCAUUAGUCGAGUUACUUGCUCCUUUGUAAUGGCGAGGUCUCUUUAUCCCAUUUCUAAGACCUGGAUCAUUCGAUUUCCAUAAAUCCCAACUCCCCUAUAUCAUUGGUCUAGAUAGAAAUCUCUAUGAAAUAUCUGAAAAACCAUUGCCAAAGGAAUUAAAACGAGUAAUUUAUGAUAUUGAUGAUGGGCGCAUUCUAUCCAGGUCAGAUGAUCCAAAAUGCCCCAAACAAUAUCAAAAUUACUUCAUUCGAAAAAUGAACACUGUAUUUGCAGAUCUUAAAUUCUAUGAGAAUGAAAUUUUUGAAGAAGGGAUAAUGAAAUAUCGAUAAGCAUUUUAUAAUGUUAAAUUGCUCAUGUUAAAUGAUAUCUAUAAAUACUUUAGUACUGAUACAUCAAAUCAGAAAACAGAGAAAAAGAUUGUUAUGUUUGAUUAUAAGAAAUUUCUGAAUUCGUUUGAAAGUCAAGAUCAACUCUUUUUCUUGCAAUUCCUAAAAACUUUAUCAUUUCAAUAAUUUGUAAAAGAUCUCUAUAAAGUUAUGGAAUAUAGAGAGGAGUUCAUUAAAAACAAUAUCCAAAAUGUAGAGUACAAUUUUAGUUGUGUACUUCAAUUCUUUGAUGAUGUUAGAUUUCUCAGUAUUCGUUUUGGAGAACAAACUCUUGAUGAUAAAUUGGUCAUCUUAGAGAAUUUACAGAAUAAUUACAUCAAAGCUGUUCUUGAAAGAAAAAACGAAUCCAGCAAUUACAAAGUUAUAGAAAUGAAAACAACUGAUUUCAUUCCUGAAUAUUUGGAACAUCUUAAAAACAGUAGUCUCAAUCUUAGUAUGGAAAUGCAAGCCUUAGCCAAAUUCAUUUAAACAGUUCCACAAUAAGAAGAAAUAGUUGUUGAAUAACAAUAAAAAAUAGUUUAACAAGGCGGACCAGAUAUGAAUCAAUCAGAAGAAUAAGAUAAUAUCUCUUAAGAGUCCUCUAAAAUUCAGUCAGACAAAUCAGAUCAACAUAGUUAAUUUCAUCAUUCAUUACCUCCAUAAGAAAAGGUUAAUUGGGAAUUGUAAACCAUAGCUGUAAGUAAUGCCUCAGAAUAUAGAAAAUAAUAUUAAAUUAAACAUCUAAAUCUGAUUAGUAAAAGGAAUACUUUUAGAAAGAAGAAUCUACUAGAAAAUGAAGAAGAAGAAGAACAAAUGCAAUUGAAUCAAAAUACAAACACCAAUAACUUUAUUGUUACCAAUAUUGCUGAUAAAAAUAUGCUUAGUUUACCAGUUAAAGAUAAUCAAUCCAUGGCAGCAAGAUCCUAUUUCAACAAGAGUAUGGUCCCAUUAAUUGGAGAUUAUGGAAACGCAGAAAUUAUGGUGCCUAAUUAAGAUAACAUGAUUUGA